GGGAGGCCCAGACACAGGUGCUGCUGGGAUGUGGCAACUGGUGACCCGACAGAAGGACUAGAUUGCUCCUGAUGCCUGCCCCCCACCCCUCUCCAGGGCCCGGCUGCCUCUUUGCUUCCUGCUGCCUGGCCCCUGUUGCUGUCCCGGGCAGAGGAGAUGCGUUUGUCCCUGGCUGGGAGCGGAGGCAGCGUGACAAUGCUACGCAGACAAGAGACACCCCGAGUGAUCCUGCAGUGAGGAGCCGGGGGUGAGGAGGAGCCCGGGGUGUCCCCCCUGGCAGGGCUUCCCUGGCUGGCUGCCCUUCCAGUGGGCGCGCCCCCGGACAUCAUGCUGCAGCAGAUCCUGCAUGACAUGUACAUUGACCCCGAACUCCUUGCCGAGCUCAGUGAUGUGCAGAAGCACAUUCUCUUCUACAAAAUGCGGGAGGAGCAGCUGAGGCGCUGGAGGGAGCGUGAGGCUUGGGAGGCCCUGGCCCAGGCAGAGGGCCUCAGGCCCCCGAAAGUCAAGCGAGCAAGUGACAAGCAUAUCCAGUGGCUCCUGGGGGCAGAUGGUGACGUCUGGGUCUGGAUCAUGGGAGAAGGUCCCGGGGACAAGCCCUACGAAGAGAUCUCCGAGGAGCUGAUCGCAGAGAGGGCGCGGCUGCAGGCCCAGAGGGAGGCGGAGGAGCUCUGGAGACAGAAAGAGGCAGAAAUCACCAAGAAGUUUCGGGAUGCUCUGGCCAAUGAGAAAGCCCGGAUCCUGGCGGAGAAGUGGAAAGUGGAGAUGGAGGACCGGAAGGCUGCCAAAGUCCUGGAGGAACGCAUCCGCGAGGAGUUCAAGAGGAAAGAGGAAGAGGAGAGGAAGCGAGGAGAGGAGCAGAUUCGCCUCCAGGAAGAGCAGAGGGCGAAGGAGCUCUACUGGACCCUGAAGCAGGCCCAGCUGCAGAGCCACGCCAGCGAGAACGAGGAGCGCGAGUGGGAGGAACAGCUGCGCAGGUCCAAGGCCGCGGACGAGGAGAGGAGCCGCCGAGCUCAGCGUGCCAGGGACGAGUACCGGCGCCACUCACUCCGUGCCAUCCAGAAGGGCAUGGUCGCCGGCCUCAGCUCCAUGUUCCAAGAGCUCGGCCAGAGCCAGGAGCAGGAGGCCAGACUCUACCACCACCUGCCAGGCCCCGGGCCUCCGCCUCCCCUUGCCAUACCUGUCAGCAGGACGUGGGAGCGCCCACUGAGACCUGUCUCCAGAGAAGUCAUAGUCCGCUGGUUUAAGGAGGAGCAGCUGCCUCGCCGAGCUGGCUUUGAGAGGAACACCAAAUCCAUCGCCCCCUGGUUCCACGGAAUUAUUAGCCGAGAAGAUGCAGAAGAUCUCCUCGAGAACAUGACAGAGGGAGCAUUUUUGGUCCGGGUCAGUGAGAAAAUCUGGGGUUACACCCUCUCCUAUCGCCUGCAGAAAGGGUUCAAGCACUUUCUUGUGGAUGCCUCUGCGGACUUUUACAGCUUCCUGGGAGUGGACCCCAAUCGCCAUGCAACGCUCACAGAUCUCAUUGAUUUCCACAAGGAGGAAAUUAUCACUGUUUCAGGGGGAGAGCUGCUGCAGGAACCCUGUGGACAGAGGGACAGCCCACCAGACUACCAUCUGUUGUUUGAGUGAUUUUUUUCCCCCUACCCAAUUGGAUUUCUUUGGGUACCCAUUUUUUGAACUCAACUUAAGAACUUCCUGGCUCAAAUCCUUAUGGCCUUCCGGAAGACCCACCACCACCAGCCAGAGGAUUAAGUAGAUUAGUAUGUCUCAAAGGAUAUGAAAUAUACAUGCUAUUGGUCCCCAUCCCUGUGCCGAGGACAGAAAUUGCUAUUAGCUGAUGCAGCUCUUUCAAGAAGAGUUUAGUUAUGACUUCAGAGAAUGAAGCCUAUUUGCCGUGGCCACCCUAAGCUGAGCCCCCAGAGCACAUGGGUCAUGUUUUAAUAAUCCAAAAUAAUUCCAGUGCCGAACUCUAAAUGUAACCUGUGGUAGACAUUCAGUAAAUGUUUGCGGAAUGAAUACAGCUCUUCUGAAAGUCUUCCAACACUAAUCAGUUUUUUCUAGUAAGUUAUUUCCUACCUGUUCUGUCUGUAAAGUCAUGGAGAGUAUAGACGAAAUACUGCAAAGGAUUUAUAUGGAAAAUAUAGAUGCUGCGUCUUUUAUGAUAUACAUUAUUGCCCUCAUAUCAUUGGAAUAAUUACCUAAGGCUCUGAGACGCAGCUUCCGGAAUAGGCAGCUGAUACUGCCCUGCCUUAUUUGCCUCUUCUUUGGCCACCCAUCCUUGGUCUUGGAACAUAUUUUGACCCUGGUUUUGUGAUAUUGAGGCAGUGGUUUUGUGUAUUCCCAUAGAUGUGCCCCAAACCUGGGAUGAAUUAUAAAUCCAAGAAAGCCUUUGCUCUCUAGGAUUUGGCCCUCUUGAUACAGGUUACCCGUAUGAUUACUUCUGCCUUCAUGGUCCUUUUGAGUCUGAUCCUGUGUUCACUUAAUCUGAGUAUGGUUUUCAUAUGAGUGAGAUUCUCCCAGUGACUCUUCUGUAACUUUCAGGGAAGUGCCUUCAUGCAUAUUCAGGUUCUCAUGUUUAUAGACACAGAGACAGCAUGUUAUGGGGGGAAUAUUAUAGUGGAAUCAAGCAGAUUUGUGUUCAACUCCCCACCCUGGACUUGCUAGUAUUUUAAUGUUGGCAGCACGAUAUUUGGUGGGAGUGAAAGGAUGGAUGGGCUCUGUGCUUUGUCAGUGGACAGGUGUACCUUACUUGAUAGUCAUGUCCCACAUCUCUUAUGCUCUCCUUCACCUGCUGCCUCCUCUACUCUUCACGUCCUUGGCCACUUGCUUCACCCUGGUCACUACCACUGCAAGUCGUUCUGCAUAGAUGCUGUUCUCCCUUAUGGGGAUGUCAGCUUCAUGUGAGCUGAGCCAAAGCCACCUUGCCCAUGGGGUGCUUUGGGCCCCUCAUCUCCUAUUGCUGCAGAUGCCGAAGACAUUGUGCAACCUUCAAGAGCCGGGCCAUGAACUCUGCAUAUGGUGAACCUUGGAUCAAUGGGGGACAGCAGAUGGUAGAUUUCUUCUUCCCCUUUCCUCCUGCUGGGGGGCUGUUUGGACAGGCAGUUCUUCCGACAACCUCUGGGAAGAUCGACCUGCAAGACAGAGCAACUCAUGAUGAUGAAAUCGAAGAGUGACCAGAUGAGGUCCACCCCCCUCCCAUCUGCUCCUCGUCCUCCUCUGCUUCCCUCUCCUGCUCCCCUGGGCUGGCCACCCCUGAAUUGAGUGGCAGCAUGUAGGCAUUUGCUGCAGGCUCUGCCUUUGAGGGAAGCCAAGGUAAGGACUCAUCAUCCAAAUGUGUCCGAUAAUGUCAGUCUCCCAGCCUGACUUCUCUCUUGCUCUCUCCCCUUCAGGAGAGGGCCCCCAAAUGAAUAAAACAAAGUGAAGGGGGGAGCCUGCUUCUUGAACACCAAAGUACUUUAAAACCAUAACCGAUUAUGGUUAGAUUUUCUUCUAAUAGAUACUUCUAUUCUAGUAUCUCCCAAGGAAAUGAGUUUUAGCCUUGCUACUUACAAACUAUGUGACUCUGUUCAAGACAUUUGGCCUCAUGAAGGCUCAGUCUCCCCGAGAAGAGGAUUUUCUGUGUGGCUGCCACUAGUUUUUUUUUUUGUUAUUAUUAUUUUUUUUUUUUGGUCGGUCAGUGAAAUGAGCAGUAAUGAAAGCUCCGUCUAAAUGGGAGGGAUGGCUGAUAAGAACCACAGAAACAGCAACAGUUAUUUCGGGCUUAGCAGUGACGUGGCAGGGGAAUAUGGUGUGAUGAUUUUCAAGGUGUUGGAAGAAACUUCUUAUUCCAAGCACUAGCAGCCACUCACAGAGCCGAGCAAGCCGGGCUGAGAAUCUGAACCCCUGAGCUGCUGUUCCUGUCACCCCUAAUUAAUAUGUGAGAGACAACAGUUGAGUUUUCUAUGCCUAACACAUUUAUUUCAUUUUAUUUGGGGCCUGCACUUUUCUGCGUGUCUCAUAUAUUUUAGGUUUUACCUGGCCUUAAAAUAAAUUCCUUGUAAGUUGUCCUGCAAAUGAAAUUACUGUCUGGAAAACUGCAAUUUCGUCUUGAGAGUUUUAUUAUGCUAAUAAAUGUCAGGAUUCUC